CUCUUGCUACUAUUUCUUUCCUUCUCCUUAAUUCUCUUGUUCUAUUUAUCUUAUUUCCUCCACCAUUUUUUCAUCCACCACCACCAACACCAAGAAUUUAAAGUGUGACAAAGAAAGCAAGCAUAGAAUAGAAUGAAAGAUGGUGGGUCUUAGUGUAGUCCUGGAAGCCCAGAAGAGUUGCAUCAACAAAAAGACACCUCAAGUCAUUAACAAAACCACCAUGCUGAUGCUUAGCAGCAUCCACAACAAACCCUCCCCUCAACCUUCUUCUCUUUUUCAGCCACCCACUUUUCUUGACCAAUGCUUUCUUUGUGGGAAGAGACUCUUGCCAGGGAAAGACAUCUACAUGUACAAAGGGGACAGGGCAUUUUGUAGCGUGGAUUGCAGGUGCAAGCAGAUUUUCAGCGACGAGGAAGAAGCUAUUCAGAAAGAGAAGUGUUCUUUGGCUGCCAUGAGGCCCACAUCGUCUAGUUCUUCCACCUCAACGGCACGUCAUCACCGGAAAGGAACAAGAAACCGAGGGGGUGGUGCUUAUUUUUAGAGGAAGAAAGAAAAAGAAAAAGAAGAGAUCAUCAGAAAAUGGGAGGAUUGUAAUUUUUGGCGACCACAUUCCAGUUUUACCCAUGGUUUCUUUUGUUAAUGACAUCACAGCCCCUUGUCCUUUUUGCUUCCUAGUAUGAAGCCAAAAUGUCCUUUCGGCUUUUUAUUUUUUGGGGUCCAACUUAUAACUGUACGAAAUCUGAGACCUGAGCAUUUUCUCUAUGGUGGUUGUUGCAAUGCUUUCGCUUUAUUGCUCAGAACGCACAGAGAAAUACUUAAAAAAAAAAAAAUAGUUGUCGACA